AUGACUAAAGAUUCUAUAUCAUCCAGAUUUAGUUCAACCUCGUCCUCGGGUACCACUGCCGACAAUGUUAUAGAGCAAAAAGAAGCAGGACCAGUGCCUCUUGAUAUUGAAAGUCAAAAGAGUCACAAUCAUUUUAAGGAAUCAGAUGCAGGUGAUGGAACUAAUCGAGAAGACCAGUACAUUCACGGUAUCAAGCUUGUGCUUUGUUUUGUCUCGCUUUUCCUUUGUAUGUUCCUUUUCGCAUUGGAUCAAACUAUCGUUUCAACAAUUUUGUCCACUGUUGGUAACAAAUUCAAUUCAUUUGAGAAUGUUGGGUGGCUUUCUUCGGGUUUCUUAUUAACAAUGGCGGUGUUUAUUCAACCUUUUGGUAAAUUGUCAAUUAUUUUUGGUAGGCGAUGGACCAUGGUUGCCGCAGUGAUUAUAUUUGAGGCUGGUUCGCUUAUGUGUGCUUUGGCACCUACAAUGAAUGUCUUGAUAGGUGGAAGGGUGCUUGCUGGUAUAGGUGGCGCAGGUAUUCAGGGUUUAAGUUUUGUUAUUGUUUCUGAGGUUGUGCCUAUUCCCAAAAGGCCAAUUGGUAUGGCUAUCAUGUCGGUUACUUUUGCUGUUGCGUCAGUAUUGGGUCCGUUGAUUGGUGGUGCAUUUACUACUCAUGUUACUUGGAGAUGGGCAUUUUAUAUUAAUUUGCCAGUCGGUGGCUUGGCAUUAGUGGUGUUUUUGUACUCUUUCCGUCCACCUACCCCCAAGGGUAACUAUUUCCAACAAUUGAAAGAGUUUGAUUAUUUUGGUACGUUUUUGCUCAUUGCCGGAUGUGUGUUGUUUCUUUUAGCAUUGACUUUUGGAUCGUCUGACUUUUCGUGGGAUUCCGGUGCAGUUAUUUCGUGUUUUGUUCUUGGUCCCAUUUUAAUCAUUUGUUUUUGCAUAUGGAAUUUCAGAUUUUCCAAGAACCAAGUGAUUGCUACUGAUGUCAUUAUGACUCCGCAGAUUAUUGCUUCAAGUUUUGGGAUUGCUGGUAUUUUCACUGCAUUUAUCAGUGUGAUGAUUUAUGCUGCCGUGUAUUUCCAAGUUAUUCGUGAUGCAAGUGCCAUUGGAGCUGGACUUCAUUUACUUCCUUGUAUUAUUGCCGUGGUGAUUUCUUCAAUUGUUUCGGGAGCAAUGAUUCAAAAACUAAAGUUUGUUAAGCCAUGGGCUAUUGUUUCUGGUGUACUUGCUCCCAUUGGUGCUGGGCUUUUGGCAUUACUUAGAGUAGAUUCUUCGUUUUCACAGCAAGUUGGUUUCUUGAUUCUUAUUGGUGUUGCUACUGGGCUCCAGUUCCAACCAGCACUUAUGUCGGCACAGAUCAAAGCACCAAAGACGCCCGGUGGUACGAUUAUGACGACUAUUUUUGUUAAUUUCUUCCGUUGUAUACUUUCUGCUACUGGUGCAACGUUAUCCGAUGCCGUAUACACAUCCUCAUUGAAGAAUAAUUUUAGAAAGGCAAUGGCAACCGCGCCACCGGAGAUUAUAGAGGGGUUGGGCAAUGUGGAGUUGUCUAGUAUUAUGUCGUCGAAUGCCAUUAUCAAGACAUUGGAUCCAACUACUCAGAAGUUUGUCAAGACUAUAAUGAUGAAGGGUAUUACUAAUGUGUUUUAUAUGUGUAUUGGAUUUGCUGCAAUUACUACAUUGGCGGUUCCCUUUAUAACCAAUCACAAGUUGCCUGAUAUGGCUUCGUUGGCCAAGAGGGAAGCUAAAGCUGAGGCUGAAGAGCAAGAUGUUGAUGUGACUGAAGAAAAGAAUGAGAUGAGAGAAGCUGAAACUGGACCAGAAGAGGAGAAGGAAGGAGAAGCUAGGGCUAUAGAUAGCAAGGUUGUUGAUUAA